AUGGACAACUCACAUCAAAGCUCUAAAGAUAACAUCGUUGUCGACGCUGAUCAACAGGAGCAGCAAGAACUCCCAGUCAUAAUAGAGGCUACUCCACCACAAAAAUAUGGUGCUACUUUGGAUCAAUCAACUUUGAACAUCAGUCGCAACAAGGAGUCAGAUUAUUUGGAUUACAAACCACAGCAACAACAACAGAAUGGCAAUGGCAGUGCGAUGGAUCUUCACACGAGCAGGACACUCAGUAGCAGUGGAAUGGUGGACACGUACAUGCACAAUAGCAAUGUAUUCCAGAUACCAGUUCCCAAGUUUAUCAAGGACAACGAGCGACUGAAUGAGUACUACGAGAAGUUCGUACCAAAGUUCCCAAGUGCACUCAAGGACAGGAUCAAUCCAGUCACUUUGGUAUUCAAAAAGAGGAGUAAACUACAACAGCAACAACAUCAAUGUGAUGGAUCACGUGAUGGACAGUGCCAAGGAUGUGCAGGAUGCCUUCGUCGCUACUCAACCAGGUCAUCAGCCAAGAAAGUCCGUGAUCAACUUGCUCUAGCACGUCUCGAAUCACCCAAGACCAGAGGUCAAUUCCAACCCGUUUCCUCAUCUGAUCCAGUUUUGGAUGAGUUGAUCACAGAGGGCGAGUUUGAAAGAUACUUCAAUCUGAUAUGUAAGACCAAGAUCAAGGUGUUGAUGUCAUUUGCAGUUGUACUACAGAUAUUGAUGUCAGUGUUCAAUUAUAUGAAGGAAGGUGGAUACUUGUUGAGGAGGGAUGCAUUAUAUACAACAGAGUUGGUUGUUACCAUUGUCUGUGCAUUGAUAAUCAUUCCAUUGCCAGCUCUUGCAUCAUAUGUCGAAGUAGUCUACCUACAAAUACUAUUAUUAACCAAUAAUAUAUCCAGAAUAUUCUAUAUCGAUGUUUUCCCUCCAUAUGAACCAUCAUAUCAAAUUUAUCUUUGGGUCAACUUCUCUGUACCAACGGCCAAGUUCUGGAGAGCAUGCAUCACUGGAACAAUUGGAGUGUUUGCAUUGGUCAUCAUUCGAAUCAUCAAUGCCUAUCCACCAAGUGUGCUGCACGUCAUCUUCUCACAGGGUGGAUCAUACAUGUUCUACUUGGUCGCGGCAGGCUUUGGUGCACGUCUCAACGAGAUUACAAACCGUGCACUGUUUGCAGAGCUGGUGCGAGUGUGUCCACACAUGCCCGCCCAGAAGACCUACGAUCACUUUGACAAGUUCUACAAGCGAGCCACCAACUUCCUCACACAGCGAUUCAAGGAUCGUGAGAUGGAGCGUGGUUUCAUCCAGUUCUACUCGUCCGAGUCGAUCAUUGAGGUGGGCGUGGUGUUGGCCACCACAGCCACAACAAUCUUCUACACUAUGCAGGACUACCUUUACAGCAAGCCUGGCACACUGUUCAUCUUCCUACUGCUACGCUUCAUUAUAAUGGUGCCCGUCACACUGUCGAUGCUCUACCUCUCAGUCAUGCGACGCACACAUCCAUAUCGCGCCGACCUCUUGUCAUUCAUUGCGUUCACCGUGCUGAUUGGAGUGCAGUGCGCAAUGUUCACUCAGACGUCUACACGUGAUGGCAGUCUGUACUACUUUGGCGGUGUGAUGCGUGUAGUCACACUGGCAUCGUCACAACUGUUCUUCCUGUACCUGCUGGUGCUGCUGCCAGUCAGCUUUGCCAUCUUGCCACUGGCGAUGGUUGGCAAGGGCACAGCCAACACCAACUACAUCCUGUUCUUUAUCAUCUUCACUGUGAUCAUUGCCUGCUACUCAUUGCUACGCGAGAAGAAUCAACGUGUCCGCUACCUCAUCCGUCAUUACUCACGAGACAUCCUGACGCCUGAGCUGGCCAAGGAGUUGGAUACAGAGGUGCGCCAUGUUACCGAACAAGAACCAAGUGUCGACAAGCUGCAUCUGAUCGAGCCAACAUUCAAUGAUGGUGAUGAUGGAGGUGGCGUGGAGAUGGUUACAAUCUCGAGUGAUCUACCUUCGACCUCACCACAGCGCGUGGAUGAAGAGGGUGCACAAGGACAAGGCCACGGUGUCAAUGACAGUGUCAGUAGGAGAGGUGUCAAGAUCAAUCUGUUACAUUAUACCAAUGCCCAGCAACAGCAGGCACAAUAA